UUGGAUCGACUCAGCAUGCCUGAUUGUUGACAGCUCCGUACAGCACAAUGGCCGAAAUCCAGGAUACACAACCUGCUCGGGUUGAUAUUUCCAAAAGCAGCAGCAAUGUGCCAGCCGAAGGAUAUGAUAAGAAAUGUAUUUUCUGCAGGAUUGUAAACAAUGAAAUGGGCACAGAGCUUCUUCACUGUGAUGAAGAGAUCUCAUGUUUCAGGGACAUCAAACCUGGAGCCCCCCAUCACUACCUUGUUGUCCCAACCAAACAUGUAGGAAACUGUAAAUCCCUCACUAAAGAGCACGUACCAUUGGUGAAGCGGAUGGUCGACAAAGGGAAGGAAAUCCUGGAAAAAAACAACAUAACGGACCUCAGUGAUGUCAGAUUUGGUUUCCACUGGCCUCCAUUCUGUUCUGUCACACACCUCCACCUUCACGUCCUGGCACCUGCUAGUCAAAUGGGCUUUAUGUCACGUCUCUUCUACAGACUCAACUCCUACUGGUUCAUCACAGCAGACCAGCUGAUUGAUCUUCUCAACUCUAAAGGCGAGACAAACUGAUCACUGGAUCUGGAUCAUUGGAUCUUGCCAUAUGUGACUGACUGCACUGAGGUGACUUGCAGAUCAGGCGUCUUGCAGAUAUCAUACUGGAAACUACUUUGCUGACUGUUUGUCUACAACUAAUGACUGUAUUUUAAACAGGUGCUAUACCUGCGUGAGAUUUUAUAUCCUAAGUACUAUGAGACAUAAAGCCUUAAAGCCUCUUUUAAAAUCCCUAACAAGUGCUGUAAGGAACACUGGAGUUUUGACAAGAUAGGUAAAUUUAUUUAAAUCUGCUCUAAUGAAAUUGUAUUGCUUUUAGGGACCAAUGAGCAAUCAACUUUGAAUUCCUAUAAAAUAGAACAGUGUGUUCAUUAUCAUCCUGUUACAGAAACACUUCAGUACGCGUUGCUUCCUUCUUCCUUCUUAGAUUUCUGUAUAGUGAGCUCAGUUAGACAAACACACGUGGGACACUUGUUUUUGCAUUAAAGGUACUACAUUGUUGGCUAAAUAUAAAUACUGACAUGAAUGUUUGUGAUAAGUCCAUAUUAUACCAAGCAUAUCUCAGCAAAUUAAUGAAACGCCUUUCUCUCUUUCUUUUAAACUGACUGUAAAUUUCCCUUUGACACAGUGCAAGAUAUUAUACAAUGUGGGUAAUGGCCAGCGGUAGUGUGCUACUUUCUGUGAGGCAUUAUGGGCUACUUAGAGUGCCCUGUGCACACUGACACAGAGAGAGCACAGAAGAUACAGUGUAAAGCCCACUGUAUACUGAGUGUUCUGGGAUUUCAGAUUUCUCACAGGCCGUUUGAUUUCCUGUCUUGCACAGCUGCUUUCAUGCCUUGUAUGUCUGCUCUAUAACAUGAAACUGCAGAACCCCCCCCCGAAAGUUUGCAUUAUUGAUAUCAAUCAUAUAUAAACUGAUAAUCUUGGCUAUGCAUUCUUACAUCAAGCUUGCAAUUUGUGAAAACCACUCAGUAAUCCUCUGAUGCUGAUAGUAAUGUUAAUUUAUUUUGUCAUCAAUGACCUCAUCAAGCAGUGAAGUACA